AUGGGGGGCAUUAAGCACCAGGAGCUCAAUGAUUUAGCGAGGGAGCUCUGGCUGUGGUGUAUGCGGCGCAAAAUAUGGGUUUUUGCAGAAUACGUCGCGUCGGCAGAAAAUCCAGCCGACGAAGGGUCCAGAAUUACUAAUUUAGAUACUGAAUGGGAAUUGACGGAGGAAGCCUUUCAGGAAAUAUGCACUACCUUUAGGUAUCCUACCGUGGAUCUGUUCGCAACCAGAAACGAGAACGCAUUCUCUAGCUUCGGACCUUACCCUGGUGGCAGGUCUUGUAUCAGGCAGGCCUUUGAACGACUGGGCCUGGGAGCAGAAACGGUGAGCAUUAUGAUGACGUCGGUGGCUGACAGCACGAUCAAGCAAUAUAGCACUGCACUCAAGUAUUGGUGGGAGUAUUGUGUCAAGUCAAGAUUGGACCCAUAUUUAGCAGAGGAACACUCCUUGUUAGACUGCCUAACCAAAAAAUUUUUAAAGGGAGCAGCUUACGGCACAUUGACAUCGUUUCGUGCUGCGGUUUCUUUAAUUAGCUCUCAUGAUUGGGCGAAUUCGGUGGCACUGAAUAGAUUUUUUAAAGGUGUUUUUAGAUCGAGACCCACGGCUCCAAAAUAUGCAGCUACCUGGGAUGUUGCUUCAGUUUUGAAGCUGCUCGAGUCAUGGGGCGCUUGUGAGUCUCUAGAUCUACGGAAGCUUACACUUAAGCUAACAAUGCUCUUAGCACUCGGUUCGGCCUUUAGGGUACAGUCCUUAGUCUUUCUCAAGUUAGAGAAUAUUAAGUUUAAAGAAUCUGCUGUAGAGGUGACCAUUCCUGAUUUCACCAAGACAUCAAGGCCUGGAGCGCAUCAACCUUACGCGAGAUUCCCUGAGUUUCAGAACAAACAACUAUGUAUAGCCACUGCUUUGCGACGCUAUAUUGAUAAGACAGCUAAUGUCAGAGGAAAGUGUUCGCAGCUUCAAAUUUCCUUUCAGCCGCCGCACGGAGCAGUAACACCAAACACAGUGAGCCGCUGGCUCAGACUGGUCAUGAAGGAAGCAGGGGUGGAGGAGCAAUAUACCGCUCACUCCACUAGGCAUGCUUCGACAUCCGCAGCUCUGCGACGAGGUGUCAGUGUGAACGCGAUUAAAAGCGCGGCGGGAUGGUCGGAGAAAUCGGUUAUUUUUAAUAAGUUUUACAACAGACAGAUUAAACAGCCUGAUGGCAACUUUGCAUUGGCAGUGAUGGAUAAUGGGAGCGGUAGCUCUCUAGAUUGUACGAGAUUUUCUUAG